AUGACGAGGCCCAACGCAAGGGUCUUAUUGCGGUCACGGUCAUGGCCUUCCUAUCUUUCAUCGCGACUUUGGUUCUGCUAUUAUUUAUCACUUAUCGGCUGGUCUUCUGGCGCUCCAACUACGCACGAGAACAAAAUAGAAGCAUCUUCAGCGGCUUGCUUUCUUCAAGGAUUCUGGCUGCAGAUCGGGGAUCCCGGCAGUGGUUUGUUCGUGCUUGCAAUUGCUGUCCAUACAUUUAUUCUGGUAGCACUAGGUCACAAACUGAGCCAUCGGGUCUUUGUUUGUGGUGUGGUUGGUGUAUGGCUUUUUGUAGCCAUCUUGGUUAUCAUUCCACUUGCAGCUCACGGACGAUUUGUGUUCAUCCCAUCGGGCGCAUGGUGCUGGAUCAGCGAAGAGUACGAGCCAAUCCGUUUGUGGACCCAUUAUAUCUGGAUUUUCCUGGCUGAAUUCGGGACUGUCUGCCUUUACGCCAUCAUGUGGUUUCAGCUACGACGUCGGAUCAAGCAAUCGGCGAUUCUCGGAAACAGUCAAACAGAAAGUCUCAAGCGCCUGCGACGUGUCAUUGGGUACAUGAUUAUCUAUCCGGUUGCGUACAUUGUUCUAUCAUUGCCUCUUGCUGCAGGGCGAAUGGCAACAGCCCAAGGUCAAACGCCAAGCAUCGCCUUCUUCUGUGUCGCUGGUGCCGUGAUCACGAGUUCAGGCUUAGUUGAUGUCCUUCUCUACACGCUCACCCGCCGAAACCUCAUUCUGGAGUCCGAACCGAGUCGCGAUCGCAGUUACAACCGCUUUGCAAGCAGCGUAAACCGGAAAACUGACCAUCUUACGACCAUUACCGCCGCAGAAGGCAAGCACACUCGGACUGAUAUCAGCGUUCUACGCACCCAUCGACACCGUGAAGACGACGAUGAAUUCGGUCACACUGUGCGCGAAGGAUCUACCGACAAUAUCGUGCAACCUUCCGGCAUGGAACUGGCCCCUCUAGGAAAGGUGUAUCAACAUACUACAAUUGAAAUCACCCAUGAACCUGCAUACCCGGAGGCUGAAAGCAGUGACCGGUCGAGCAAAGGCUCCAUUGGUGACGGCAAAGGCCCUGCACAGAGCGCUAGGAUGUGGGGGAGAUAG